AUGCUGAAAGAUAUUCCAUUUCAAUUCUCUGGCCUCCAAUAUCAUGUCCGCUUUGAGGCUAUCCUGACUUCUAUCCUCGGCGGACCAGCUCUCACAUACGCUUCUGGUUUGGCAGCUUUCCACGCUGUUCUUGUACUCCUAAAUUCGCGGCGCAUUGCCAUUGGCGAGGGAUAUCACGGCUGCAAUGGUGUCAUCAGCAUGGUCUCCCGUAUGACCGGCCUCAAGAACUUGCCUUUGGACUGCGAUGCCGCAGAGCUACAGCCAGGCGACAUUAUUCAUGUUGAGACACCUCUGAAUCCAACUAGAGAAGCCAUCGACUUGCAGUAUUAUGCGGAUAAGGCCCAUAAGAUGAGAGCGUUUCUGAUUGUUGAUGCGACUUUUGGCCCGCCGCCGCUGCAGAAUCCGUUCGACUUUGGGGCUGAUAUCGUUCUUCACAGCGGGACCAAGUAUUUUGGAGAACAAUCCGAUAUGUUGUGUGGCAUAUUGGCCGCUAAACCCCAGCAUGACUUCUUGAUGAAGCUAUACAGUGAUCGUGUCUAUCUGGGCUCAGUUGCAGGUAACACGGAAAGCUGGCUGGGUACAUGUAUGUCUCUACGCACUCUCGAGCUGCGUGUCAUACGGCAAAGCGCCACUGCAACGGCGCUGGUCUCGUGGUUCCACAGCCAGCUUCAUGAUCCAUCCACAGCGGUUCAUGAAUUAGCUCAAGAAGUUCAUCAUGCCAGUUUGCAAACCGAAGCAAAGGAAGACGGUAGCUGCAAAUUGAGACUUUUUCAACAUGCAACCAGCCUCGGAGGCGUAGAGAGCCUGAUGGAAUGGCGAGCUAUGACGAAUACCAGCAUUGACCAGAGGCUGGUCAGACUCAGUAUUGGAGUGGAAGCACUGGAGGACUUGGCGAGAGACUUGCAGCAGGAUUAG